UGUGCAUGGAGUCCGCUACUCACCACUCCUCGUCGUUUAACAAAACCUUAUUUCCUCCAUGAAGACGACGUAUUCCUGGGCAGGUGCGUGAUUACAAGGGAAGUAACACUUCUGGACAAAGUCAAAAUGUUUCGCCGGUCAAGAUUUAGUGCCCGUCCUAAUGUGGGCACCGGGGGCCGAGGGGCAGCAGCAACCGCAACACCUCAGGAAGCAGCGCCAGCCAAUCGGGAGGCCAGUGAACCCCCCGCGGACACCAGUGAGAGCAGCACCGCUCCGAAUGCAGAGAUAGAAGUAAAGUCAGAUGUGACGUCAGAAAAACCUGCAGCUCCAGAAGAUGGCAAUGAUCAGAAUGGGGAAGGAACCAGCUCUUCAGCAGCAGUCCAGCGAAGGAAGCGGUUUUCUGUUAAACCCAGAGUAGCUCCUGGUCGUCCACCCACCCUCCCACGGACACCAAAGUCCCCCAUUAAAUCAGUUUCUGAAACUCCUGUCGAAUCGUCUGGUACUGGUGUUGAAACGUCACCACAAGCUGUUUCCACCAGAAGUGGAAAUGCGGCUGCCACUCAAGGAUUACUGUCCCCAAGGCGAAGGAGAUCCUCAGAAGGCAGCAAGUCGCCAAGAGUCCAGCCUAAGCCCGCCGUCGUUUUGGACGACAGCUCAGAGCCUUCAGUCGUCCCUCCAGCUGAAGACUUGCCAGACCAAACCCAUCUGCCAUCUGCCAGUAGCAGCCAGUCGGAAAAGACGUCUGACUGUCAAGCUAAAGAAGGUCCACCCGUCAGGCACCCAGAAAAAGUACCACCUUCUCUACCCGACAGGGAAACGAAUGAGAUAUCGGAAAAAGCCAAAAGUCUGGUAACAUCAAAAACCGCUCUCUCACUGACGGCCUCGUCGUCUCUGAGUCGACUCCUGAAUGGCCCGUCGGACCUGCAGAGGCUCAUAAAGGCGCAGAAGCUGAGAGAGCUGCUCAGACAGGAGAGAUGCAAAGAAAAGACCCUAAAGAAAGCUAAAGCACGUUCAAAGGAAUAUUCUUUAGAUCCUGCCAAGAUGACGAUGAGGGACCUCAUUCAUUAUCUCCCUACGUCUAACCCCAUGUCGUGUAGUUUAGAAGAUUCAGUCCAAGAAAAUGAGACUUUGGUCCCACCCUCUCCACUGAGAGAAGCGUCUCCAGAGCCAGCACAAGAACCCAUAGCCCCUUCGAACAACACAACAAAUCCCAGAGAGGAGGAAGAGGAGGGCGAGGAUGAUCAGGAAGAAGCUCUGAUGGUUCCUCAGGUCAAAGUAGCAGAAGAUGGCUCACUGAUUAUUGAUGAAGAGAGUUUAACAGUGGAAGUCCAGCGAGCAAAGGGACCAAACCCGGCACAGGACCGAGACCCCAUUUUUGAGCGAGGCUCCACAACAACUUACUCCAGUUUCAGGAAAGGGAGCUAUACCAAACCUUGGUCCGCUGAAGAGACGGACAUGUUCUUCCUGGCUGUGAGCAUGGUGGGGACGGACUUUUCCAUGAUUGGUCAGUUGUUUCCACACCGGGCUCGAUCAGAGAUAAAGAACAAAUUUAAAAAGGAAGAGAAGUUGAAUUCCUGGAGGAUCGACAAAGCUUUCAAAGAGAGACGCAAACUGGACAUUGAAUACUUUUCUAAACUUCUUGAGAAAGUUAUGGAAGUUAACAGGAAUCGAAAGAAACUGAAGUCACUCGCUCAGAAAAAUGCCCCCAAGCAGCGAAAAGCACCUGCCAAAAAGCGAGCAAGAACACUGAGUAAUGUGGAGGAAGUCGACGAGGAAGACGAGGAUGAAGUUCCAGACGUGGAGGAGGAAGGAGAAAAAGAGAACGAAGACCUCUGCAACGAGGGAGGGGCUCCUGCCGCUGAGCCCAAGAGGAAGAACAAGAGAAAGAAGAGAGCGGACGCAUCAACUGAGGAUCGGCAGGAGAGCGGCGAGGCGGGCGUGUCUGAAUGUGCUGAGGCCGCACUCCCUGAAGACCACACCAAUGCAGACAUUUCUCAGGAUACAGUUACAGAUAAAAAUCUGGUUAUCAAGCCGGCUAAGCUCUCUCGAGCAAGAGCUCCAAAACCAACCCUGCCUCUGGGCCGUAAGUGGGGCAAAAAGACGGCCCCUCCCACCAAACCCAGAGAGGCUGCGUCAGAUGAAGAGGACGAGAACGUCGACGGCAGCACCCAUGAGGAGCAGGUAAAUAAAGAUGCUUCAGCUUCAAGUGAAGCCAGCAAGAGGAACGCAGCAGAUGAUGACAUGUCAGACGAAGAAGAAGAUCUGACCGUUAAACCUCCAAAACCUACAAGAUAUGGCAGAGUGCCCAAACCCACCAAGCCCCUGACUUACUCCGACAAAGACGACAGCAACUCCUGUGCGUCCGAAACCUCGGCGCCGGCUGCCAAGCCUAAAGCCAAAUGCACGGCCAAGAGGGGGAGGACAUCGAAGCAGCAGUCGUCCCCGAAGUCUAAAAAACCCAAGCUGGUCACGCUCCGGGCCUCUCAGUCAGACUUAAGCGAUGAGGAGAACGACGGACAGUGGGGCGGCGAAGAGCUGGAGGUGCAGCAGCUGCCGUUCAGCUCCAGCCUGGACAACAGCGCCUCCGAAAUUGUGCCCACAGGCCUCCACACCCUGCAGUCUGAGAUCUCAGAAGUGGAUGAUUCCAUGGUGGAGCUUGAUAUCUUGGCCAGUAUGCCCGAUGUGUUGGGCAUGUCAGACGAAGCGCUGUGUCCUGAUUCAUCCUGUGGUCAGGCACAGCAUGGGACAGACACAGCUGAACCAUGUGAACAUCAAUUGGACCUGCUGGUUGACGUUAUAGAUUUCCUUUCCACAGAACACACAGAAGAUAAUUUAAAUUUGUCUGAGGAACAAAGUUACAAUGAGGCUGCACAGACCCUGUUGGCCAUUGGCAAUGUGGCUCACAUCACUCAGGCAGCACCGAGUCAAGACGCCAUCGGAGAUUACAAAGAAGGUACAUCAGAAGACAAUAACGAGCCCACCAGCAUAGAGGACCAGAUUCCCCCAAGGCCUGCUGCAGAAGAGGAAAGUGCGCCUUCUGUAUUUGCACAGUUUAGACAGGAUGUUACGAAAACAUCAGAAACUGCGACCACAGUGGAAGUAGAAGUCACUGAAGCUCACGCUGUUAGUGGCGACGUGGCUGUUACCAGUACAAGUGGUCAGGAGAGAACCGAGCAGCAGACCGUUGUUGAACUGGAACCUGAAUUGCUUUCAAUCCCAGAGAGCUCAAAUAAUAAUCAUCCACUACAAACAAACAAAGGUCGCUUUUCCAAUAAGAAACCUAAACCUAAUCUUACCCAGACGUCAAGGACUGCUCAAUCAAAGUCUCAACCAGAAUCAUCAAGUGGUGAAGCGAGCCAUGCUGGAGCACCUUGUCAAGGCAACGCAGCAACAACGGCUGCAGUAGAAAUAGCUCCAGAGACUCAAGACUCUGCUCCAACAACGUUAAAAGCCAAUGUAAUAGAUGAACCGUCUCACCAGGAGAUGAUUGUUGGCCAGGUGGAGACAGGUGCAGUAGCAUCAGAAGUCCAGAGUCACCUUUCUGCUGAAUUCCAGGUUGAACCAAGCAGGCUGACUACAGUGGAUACCAACGUAACAUCUGAUUCUAGAGAUGAAAAACUUGCCUCUGUAGAAACAUCUGAGACUUCUUUGAAAGAUCCACCAACCUGCGACUCAGCAGUCACGGAAGUCACCCAAGAGGCAGUCAUAGAUUUAACCGCUGACACGUCCACCGAUAAUGUUCCACCUGCAGAAGAUUCACCAGUCCGUAAGGACGAAGAAAGUGAAGUUCAAACCACGCGCCAGUCUAGACGUGGUCGAUUGCCAAAAAUCAAACCCAAUCUACAACAGACGUCAAGAACUGCAAGGUCUAAAGAUGAAACUCCUAAACCUGUAGAAACAAGGUCAGCUUCUGAGUUCAUCAACGAAAACCCGACAUCUUGUUCUCAAACAUCUGAGGCUGUCCCCGAAACUGAAGCUCGACAAAAAACAGAUGUACAUUCAUCCCCAAAACAAGAAGACCGCAAGUCUUCUGUUGUGGCUGCCACACCCGUGGAAGAAGUACGACCCACUCAAGAAGAGUGUAAUGCUGCACCUACUUGUCAAACGAGGCGAAGCCGAUUCCAAAAAGUCAAACCAAACAUACCGCAGAUGGCAAGAACUGAAAGAUCCAAACCUCAAACCAGAGAAGACUUAAAUGUAGGCCCAGGUUCUGAUGUGGAACCUCAACCAACAUGCGUUCUCGCACCAGAACAGUUGAAUCAGACCACUGAUCCUGCUUCAACUGUUGAUCCCCGGUUGAAUUUAGAUAGUACUCCGAAGGAACUCACUCCAGAUGAAGACAAACAUGCAUGUCCUGAACCUCCAAAUCAGACAGACUUGAGUUCCUCAACCAUUGAGGAGAGGACGUCAGAAAGCAAGAACCUUUCUGAAUCCCAGUUUAGUGCUGCUAUUGAGCAGAACAUCAGAGAACCAGAGUCUACCCCCAAGAUCAGUGAUGAAAUCCUGCCUGCUGAGGUUAAACCGGCUGAGAUUAGCUGUGAGGAUAUGUUGACAACUGACUCAUCGGUCACAGAAUCCCAGGUUACACAACAAUCAAAUGCAAAUUCAACCUCGGCGCAGUUUCAGACAGGCCAGGAUGAGGAUUCUGCUGAGGUUGCUACAUGUGUUCAAGAGUCACCAGCCAGUCAGGAAGACAGUCAGGUUGCAUCAACCUCUCAGGUGAGGAGGGGUAGAUCACAAAAAGUCAGACCCAAACCGAUUCUACCUUCGAUACCACGCACUGCUAGGUCUGAACGACAAACUACCAGUGAGUCUGUGGAGAAGGAGUCAAGUCCAAGCCCCAAAGUGGAGGUGGAACCAAAGCAACCACAUAAAGAAGCAAGAAGUGAAAGUACUCCUCCUGCUUCAACUUUAAGUUCGUCAUGUGAUUUGAUUUCUCCUGCUGUUACCACCGAUGAGCUGGCGACAAAAGAAAACAACAAUUCAUGCACCGAACAAGGAACAACACAAAAUGUAUCUCAAAGAAGACGAUUUUCCAGAGUCAAACACAAGCCCAACCUGGGUUCAUCCGCUCCAACUGCACAGACAAAACCACAGUCACCCGAUAUCAGUCAGCCCGCUGAUCACAGCCUGAAAGACACGUCCUCAAGUGGGACAACAGAGCAAUCACUUGGUGGUGGUACAAAUGCACAAGGAGAUUUGGAACUUGUAGAAAAAAGUGAUGAGCACUUGCCACCAGCACACAGUUCAUCAAAGGAAGCGCCCACCUCGGUGAAGUUUGGUGGAGAGGAUUGUAACCUGGGCAGGCCAGACGCAGCUGCGGAGACAAAUAUUCAACAGAUCAUUGAUCCAGCUGCAGAUUCUUCAAAAGAGGGCUCCACGGAAUCAGUCGUAGUGUCCACUGAUACCUCUUCACAGUGUUUGGAAGGAAAUUCAUCUGUUAAAAGUACGGAUGAUGUGAAGUCAGAGUUGACAGACUCUCCUCAGACAUCCAAAAAAGCUCCUCAGCCUCACAGAGGCAGGCUCAUCAAACCCAAACCCACCUUGGGUUCCCGGACUCGUCGUGUCCAGCCGCAGGAAGCAAAGGACAGCGCUCCAGCAGAACCAGAGUCUGGCAGCUGCUUACCGGAUGUAGAUGCUUCUGCUGAUCAGAAACUUGUGGCUGAACUCCGACCGGACACUCAAGAACCAGGAGAGGGAGUUACUGAUGAGCUACAACACCCAGACCCCCCUCAAGGGGAUAUCGCACCUUCCACUGGCUUAUUGGCAAAAUCUGAUCAAUCUCCUCAAGGCGUGGCAGAAACAUCGCCCAGACAGAUUGAAUCAUCAAGUUCAGAAGGGUUCCAGACUCAUCCGUUACUUCAAGACAUGCUGCCGGACAGCGUGCCUUCAGAUCCCGACGAGCCGUUUUUCAUCUUGUCUCUGACCGCGGUCCCGGUGUCCUCGUCGGGGGAGGUAGCGCCCAGUGCAGCAGAGCCCCCGCCUUUUCUCACUGCAACACCUCCAUCGGUACAACAACCAAGCGUUUCUGGAGAGAGUUUGGUCCCAGCAGGAGAGCAGCCCGUGUUUAAUGUCGUCGUAUCCACAGAGGAGAGUGCCGACACGGGCCUCCCCCGUGGAAAAGACAAAGGGACCGAUGCUGCAGCCGCUAACGAUUUUACUGUGGAGGAUCCAGAGUCUUCACAAGGAACAGGAAGUGUUUCAGUUGAGCCCCAGAAGAGCCCACAGACUCCGAGCAGCAGUGAAGCUCCCGUGACUCCUGAGCAGCAGAAACCUGGUGGAAGAGCCAAGUCGCAGGUUAAACCCCGCAUGACGAGGAAGAAGAAGAAACAAACCAGCGAGGCCCUCGACCCCGAGGAAGCAGAGUCGGACCCAUCUCAAGCAGCUCAGGACUCAGAGCAUGCUGGGACCUCUGUGGAACCGGGAGCUCUUGAUCAGGGUGUCACGGAGUUGCAGAAAGAGAGGAGCUGUAAGGUCGACGCUGAAAGUGAGAGGGAGCCUGACGUCGGCUCGAGCGCGCAGACAACACGGAGGACGAGGACCAGAAUGUCAGCGAGAUCCAAAACCAAAGCCGCCCCUGCAAGCACUCCUCCGCCCAGCAAAGCGGCUUCGAGCGGAUCGAAGGCCAAAGCUCCGUCUGCGAAGAGAAAACAAUCCUGUCCAGAGUCUGCAGCCUCCACAUCACAUGGCGCUGCUAUCGCACUGCAGCCAAAGGAAAUCCAUGCACCCACUAUUACAUCACCUCCAGAAACAAAGGAGGAGCAGACUUCUGACACGAGUUCCAGCUUCUGCCAUCCUACCGCCUUGCAGUGUCCAGCCGAGGUUUCAGACUCUCAGGAAAGUGGAAGUUUCAUCAGCAGCUUCCAGGAGAGCGAGGAGCCCAUUAGUGUGUCUCAGUAUUUCUUAAGUGACAUUUUUACAGAAGUGGAAAACGAGUAACAAGCAUGGUGCAGAAGGAC